AUGAGCGAGGCGGGUGCCACCGAGGCAGGGGCCACCGAGGCGGGUGCCACCGAGGCGGACGUCCAGGCGGAGGUCCAGGAGGAGGUCCAGGAGGAGGUCCAGGAGGACACCCUGACGGAGGCCGAGAAGGAGGCCCAGAGGGAGAUCCAGAAGUUCCUGGACGAGAACCCAGCUUUCGUCUCCACCUACUUCAACAAGAAGUUCAGUGCGGGGGCCCUGGCCGCGGCCAUGAAAGUGGACGAGUCCGAAGUGGACGUGACCACGUUUGAGCAGAUGAGCCAGGUGGAGGAAGGGGCCAUCCUGUUUGAAGUCAUCAAGGACAUGCAGGAGAACGUCAGCAUGGAGAUGGUGGUCUUCAAGAUCCUCAAGAGGAUCUGCGCCCUCAUCCACGCCGACCGUUGCAGCCUGUUCAUGUACCGGCAGCGCAACGACGUCGCCGAGCUGGCCACCCGACUCUUCGACGUGCAACCCGGUUCGAACAUCAACGACUGCCUCAUCCCGCCUGACUCGGAGAUUGUCUAUCCCCUCGACAUGGGAAUAGUGGGCAGUGUAGCACAGACCAAGGCGACUGUCAAUGUCAAAGAUGUGACAACAGAGAAUAGCUUCAGUAACUUUGUGGACGAGUUGACUGGAUACACGACCCGCAAUAUCCUAGCCACCCCGAUCAUGAACGGCAAUGAUGUGGUGGCCGUCGUUAUGGCGCUCAACAAAACUUCAGGACCACACUUCACAGAUAAGGACCAGGACCUUUUUGUAAAGUAUCUGAAAGUUGCCGCCUUGAACUUGAGGAUUUUCCAUCUCAGCUACCUUCACGGUGUUGAGACAAGGAAAGGACAGCUCCUGCUAUGGUCAGCCAACAAGGUGUUUGAAGAGCUCACAGAUAUCGAACGACAGUUUCACAAGGCCCUAUAUACAGUGCGAGCAUACCUGAAUUGCGACAGAUACUCAGUUGGACUGCUGGACAUGACUAAAGAAAAGGAGUUCUUUGAUGUCUGGCCAGUACUGAUGGGGGAGCAGGCGCCAUAUUCUGGACCAGUCACCCCAGAUGGAAGGGAAAUCAUCUUCCACAAAAUCAUUGACUAUAUACUGCACGGGAAAGAAGACAUCAAAGUCAUACCGACUCCCCCUGCUGAUCAUUGGGCUCUUGCAAGUGGAAUGCCGACUUACGUUGCAGAAACUGGAUUGAUUUGCAACCUCCUGAACGCUCCAACCGAGGAGAUGUUUAAGUUCCAGUCAGAGCCGCUGGACAGCAGUGGCUGGACCAUAAAGAAUGUGCUUUCCGUACCAAUCGUCAACAAGAAUGACGACAUUGUGGGCGUGGCCACAUUCUACAACAGGAAGGAUGGCAAGCCCUUUGAUCAGCAGGAUGAAGAUCUUAUUGAGGCUAUGACACAGUUUCUUGGCUGGUCAGUGCUGAAUCCAGACACCUAUGACAUUAUGAACAAAAUUGAGAACAGGAAAGGCAUUGCAGAGGACAUGGUAAUGUACCACAUCAGGUGCCGUGAUGAGGAACUGCAAAAAAUUUUGAAAACAAGACAGUAUUUUGACAGAGAACCAGCAGACUGUGAUGAGGAUGAAUUUCGUCAGAUCCUGAAAAAAGAGCUUCCAGGCGCACAGAAAUUCCCGAUCUACGAGUACACCUUCUCAGACUCUGUUUGCACAGAAUUGGAACUGGUGAAGUGCGCAAUUCAAAUGUACUUUGAACUUGGGGUUGUCAAGAAGUUCCAGGUUCCACAGGAGGUUUUGGUGAGGUUCAUUUACUCAAUCAGCAAAGGCUACCGAAAGAUGACCUACCACAACUGGCGCCAUGGCUUCAAUGUUGGGCAGGCGAUGUUCACGAUGUUAACGACAGGGUUGCUGAAGCGCUACUACACUGACCUGGAGGUGAUGGCAAUGCUCACUGCUGCCUUCAUGCAUGACAUAGAUCACAGGGGCACUAAAAACCUGUACCUACUCAAAACUGCUAGUCCAGUCGCCAAACUUCACGGAUCAUUUUUUCUAGAGAGGCAUCAUUUGGAGAUCGGCAAAUUUCUGCUCGCAGAUGAGACGCUGAACAUUUUCCAAAACCUCAACAGAAGACAAAACGAGACCGUCUUGCAUUGCAUUGAUGUUGCCGUCAUUGCAACUGACUUGCUCUUGUAUUUCAAGAAUAGGGCAAUGUUCACGAAGAUUGUAGACACAUCAAAGACAUACGAAGAUGAGAAAAAAUGGACAGACUGGAUGUCCCUUGAGACUACGAGAAAAGAAAUUUUGCUGGCUAUGAUGAUGACCGCCUGUGACUUGUCUACCCUCACUAAACCAUGGGAAAUUCAAAGCCAGGUGGCUCUGGACGUAGCAGAGGAAUUCUGGGAGCAGGGCGACAUGGAGAAGGCUGUUCUAGGGAAGCCACCCAUUAACUUGAUGGACAGGAACAAGGGCGGAGAGUUUGCCAAGCUCCAAGUUGGCUUCAUUGACUUUGUUUGCACCUUCGUAUUCAAGGAGUUUGCCCGUUUCCAUCCGACCACCACUCCGAUGUACGACGGCCUCCUCAGUAACAGGAAGGAGUGGAAAACCAGGGCGGAUGAGUACGACGCCAAAGUGAGGAAUGGACCUGGAUCCUCGUCAUGCUCAAUAUGUUAAAAUUGUCAAACUACACAUGUAGUUUUCUACAAAUAGAGAUCCACUACAUUUCCCCC